UGUCUGCGGCAAUCCCGGCCUCCGUCCCUGUCAUCUCCAAUUGAUCGGUUCGAGUUGUUCUGCAACGCCGCCGAGAACACGGUGAGCCAAGAGAACCAGCUGCUAUUGCCGAGAACAGCGACAACGACAUCCAGCUAUGUGAUGUUAGCGACCCUGCUCUCGCGUCACCUCGCAGCAGUAUCACCGCCUCUGAUGGUCGGCUUGAACCCUUAUUUCCAAUAUCGGCCUCCGGCAAUCCUGAUGGCUGCAUGGAGAUGGUUACCUCUGGGCUCAACGAGCGCGGUGACUACCAGCGGUUUGAAAACCUGGCCACUGACGCCUUGGUUGACGCACCCACGCCGAAAGACGAGGUUCGAGGGGGCGUGGACUCCAUCCGAUGGAAGUUCCAGGGAGAAGAAGCGAAGGUAUUCCCAUUCUGGCCAGGUAAGUGACGGUGUAAAGUGAGGCGAAGCCCAGGAGCAUUCUUGGUGAUACGGUAAGCAUGGUACAAUUAUGGUUGAUGGGAUGUAUAGCCGCAAGGUAUAUUAGCGUUUUCUACGGCAAGAAGCCCAUGUUAGCUGAAUGACUGCAUCUGCUUGGUUGCCCCCUGCAUCGAACCAU